AUGGAGGAUUUCCCAGUGGAUGGAGGUGUGUUGCUCAAUCACCAGCUCACGAACGGAAAACAUCAGUAUGAAGUGAAGAACGUGAUGAAGAUUCAGAGACCAGAUGGAGAGAAAAACUUCCUCAGACGAGGGGAUAAGCUGAUGCUGGUGAAUGACACUGACAUACAGGACGUGUCUCCAGAGAAGCUUGCACAUGUACUGUCCCAGGGCUCUCCCAUGCUGACGGUGCAUAAGACGAUUCGUAAGAAACAGCCAGAGGUGGCUGAUGAUGAAGACGUGAUGGUUCCUGUCUCCAAAGAGAAGCGUGUCCUGAGCUUCGGUCUGGAGAUGAGGAGAGAGAGUGACUCUGCACAGGGAACCCUCCUGCUCACAGGGGGAGAUGAAGAGGGCACAUGCAAAGAGCAGGAGCGGGAGGCUGACUUCCUGGUUGUGACCAUGAAGAAAACCACCAUCUCUGUGGUGAAAGGCCGGAGCUGCGACCCCAAAGUGCCUUGCCACGAGUGCAGGGACGCCCAGUGCCACUACAACGACGUGGUGGUGGUGGCGGAGUCCAGCACCAUCACGCUUGUUUCCAGAGGAAGUGGUUCGCUCAAGUGCCUGAAGGGGAACGAGGUGGAGGUGGAGCACAGCAGUCACAUGUACCUGCGCGCCCUGUGCGAUCAGAGCCGAGCCUACGUGUCCCACAAACCAGAGCGGAUGACCAUCUACUACUACCGGUCAGUGAAUCUGGACCCCAGGGGUCUCCCGGUGGUGCUCAACUUCACCAACUCCAACUGCUUUCUCAUGAGCUGUGCCGACGGAGACAGAGUCCUGCUCAAAGUCCAGUUCUGUGAGAAGAAGAACCUGAAGAAGAUCUCCAACAGUGACCAGCACCUUCUGUCCUUUGUGUUCUACAUGAAGAGCGAGCCCACAGGAAAAACCACCUUCGAGUCGGCUAAGCACUGCGGCUGGUUCAUCCAAGUGUCCGGCUCAGACUGCGAGGUCCUGCUGCAGACGGAGGAGCCGCGGGAGGAGAAGAUGUUUCACAUACUUAUACAAACACAGUGUGGCUGCGACUGA